UUCGUGGGGGUGUUGGAAAUGUGGUGGUACCGAUUUAUUCCACCAGGUGGAUGGGUGUAGGGUUGUGCUCCAGGAGGGAAGACGAUGGAGGAAGAGACUCCUGGAAUCCGGAGCCUCCAUAAUUUUCUUUUUUGUGGGGGCGGGGUUGAGGCAGAGACCAGGGGUCGUGCCGCGUCCCGAGGCGAGCUAUUCCAUGCACUCACCGGCAGGGGUCGUCGCGUCAACGCUUCUCCCUCAUCCCGGAAGGGGGCGCACGGUGGAGCCGCUUCGGCUCCGGGAAGGCGCGGCCUACUUCUCUUCCGCACCAAGUCGAUUUCCGGUCCUGUGUCAGUCACUUCCGGGGGUUUGUAGCUCUUUCUCUGGGAGGCUGGCGGUUCUUGCAGAGCCGCUGCCGCAGAUUGGAUCGAGGUUCUCAGCGGAGUCUUUGGAUGGGGAGGCCACCUCUGUGCUGCGGACGAUGCUGGCGGACGACUCCGGAUCCCAGGAAUGUGAAGCGAAGGGUGCCGGAGCCGCCGGAUUGCCACCGCCGCCUGCCAUAGACUUCCCCCAGGAGGCGUCGGACAUUCGAUAUGAUGAAUCUGAUGUUCCUGCAGAACUCCAGGCUGUGAGAGGACCUCUACCACACUCAACUUUUCCCUCUGCAAUUGCAAACCAACUAUUGCUUGUUUCUUUGUUAGAGCACUUGAGCCAUGUUCAUGAACCAGAUCCCCAUCGUUCAAGACAGGUGUUCACAUUACUUUGUCAGACUUUUACCAAAAUGGGGCUGUUGUCUUCCUUCGCCUGCAGUGAAGAAUUUAGUUCUUUGAGGCUGCAUCACAACAAAGCUAUUACUGAAUUAAUGAGAAUAGCUAAGCAGAGAGUUCUUGAGGCUCAACCUGAAGGAUACUGUCCUGUUCAUAAAGCCAGAGCAAAAGAGGUGGUCUUUGAAGCACAAACUUCUCGUUAUCUAAAUGAGUUUGAGGAAAUUGCUGUCCUAGGAAAGGGCGGGUAUGGGAAAGUAUACAAGGUCAAGAACAAAUUAGAUAGGCAAUUUUAUGCAAUUAAAAAAAUUCUGAUUAAGAAAGCCACUGAAAAGGAUUGUAUGAAGGUACUUCGGGAGGUUAAGGUGCUGUCGGGUCUGCAACACCCUAACAUUGUAGGCUAUCACACAGCUUGGAUAGAACAUGUUCAUUCAGCCCAACCACAAGAUAAGAGACUUUCUGUUGUCAAGUUGCCAUCUCUCCAGUUGGUAUCUGAUGAGACAGAGGACAGAGAUCAGUGUCAUGUUCAAAGUGAUGAAAGUAGUAGCUCAUCCAUUAUUUUUGCUGAUUUGGACUCAGAAAAAGAAAAAUGCUUUGUAGAAACUUGGGUUGACAAUCAGAAUAACAAGUUAGUAAACUAUACUGAUUUGAUCACGAGAGAUGCCAGUGAAUAUGAAUCACAAGAAAAUUGCUUAGUUAAUACAUCUACUCGAUCACUUGUUAAGCGUCAUAUGCUGCAAGAGAAUAAUUCGUACCUAGAAGAGAACUUUACAUCCACUGAAGAAUCUUCUGAAGAAAACUUAGCCUUGCUUGGGCAAACUGAGGUGAAGUAUCACCUCAUGCUCCAUAUUCAGAUGCAACUAUGUGAAAUCUCUCUUUGGGACUGGAUUAUUGAUCGAAAUAAAAAUAAGGGAUCAUCUGUAGUUGAACCUUCCUGUCCUUAUGUUAUGGGCAGUGUUGCAACAAAAAUUUUUCGAGAGUUACUGGAAGGUGUAUAUUAUAUACAUAACAUGGGAGUGGUACACAGAGAUCUCAAGCCCAGAAAUAUCUUUCUUCAAGGCCCUGACCAUCAUGUAAGAAUAGGAGAUUUUGGUCUAGCUUGUACAGCCAUCAUUCAGAAAGACACAGAAUGGACCAGUAGAAAUGGGAAAAGACUGACACAUACUUCAGGAGUGGGUACCAGUCUGUAUGCUUCACCAGAACAGCUGCAAGGAUCUGAAUAUGAUGCCAAGUCAGACAUGUAUAGUUUGGGUGUGAUCCUUCUAGAGCUCUUUCAGCCAUUUGGAACAGAAAUGGAAAGAGCAGAAGUUUUAACAGGCUUAAGAAAUGGUCAGAUCCCAGAAUCACUUAGCCAAAGAUGUCCAAUACAAGCCAAAUACAUAAAGCAAUUAACGAGGAAUAAUUCAUCACAACGACCAUCUGCUAAACAGCUACUGGAAAGUGAACUUUUUCAGAAUCCUGGAAAUAUGAAUUACGUCCUACAGAAGAAAGUAGUUGAACAGGAAAAAGAAAUUGAAAAGCUCAAGGAAACUAUAAGACUCCUUUCUCUGGAAAAAGGUAUAAAGGAAGACAUGAAAGAAGGCGAGGGCUCUGCAGUCUGACCCGAAUAGCUGUGUAUAAGAAUGGGCACAAUAAUUUUUUAAUAAGUAUUUGCUGCUAAUUUUGUUGGAUCUAUUGGAAUACAAAUACGUUUUACAAAUUUC